AUGAUCCAACCUGCAAAUGCGGGCCACCAGAUCUUUCAGAGAGACGCAUUGUCGACAUCUUCAGCGGCUGCCUUUGGUUGGAUGAGUCAGGUUCGUGUUCCCGCCGCUGUCUUUUCAGCGUCUGGCAAGGGCUGCGUGAUGGAUGCAGAAACUUUGGCACCUUCUCGUAGACAUCCUCGUUCUUCUUCGAUGACUCCCUCGGGUCCCAGCAUCACUUGGCAGCACCCGAAGCACCCGACCAUCUUGAGAUGCUUCGGCAACUGGAGAUGCCUCGCAAUGCUGUCAGUGCUGGUCUUCGUUCGAAGGCGAACCAGGCUUGGAGGUGGGGCAUCAUCGCUGCUUGACGACAUGGCGCCUGCAAGGGCAAGCUGUCAGUUGAUCCUGGAAGUGCUGCUGCAGCAUCGCAACAACCUUGGAGAUGAUGGCAACCAGAAGAUCUUCAAACUGUUUUCACUGCAGAUCGAUCUCAAAAAGCCUGCCGACAAGACCAAAGCUGGUGCAACACAUCUUUCUUCAAAGUCCAGGUUUGCAAGGCGGCUGACUUCAAUCUCUUUGGCUUUGAUGCCGUUCUGUUCUUUGCGGCACCUUGGCAUUGGCACUGGAGUGGAGGCAGCCUUGACCUUUGCGGCCGCCUUGCCCUUGGCUUUGGCAGCUUUGGCAGCUUUGGGCUUUGCGUCAGGUGCUGCAUGUCCUGCGCGAGAUUCAGAUCUAGACUAUUUACACAGUGCUGGAGUGGAAAUUGUCGACUAUACUAUGCUACUGAUACUGCUUGGAUCUUUCUGGACUGGCAUUUUCGACAGCUUCGUGAUCAGGAGGCUGAUCCAAGCGUCUUUGUGA